AUGGAUAGUUCGGUGGGUGUGGAUGCAUGUGUACGAGUGUGUGGAUGGGGUAAAAGGACAGGCUAUUGGAGAGCACCUAUUGUGUUUGGCUGUCUGACCCGCUUUACGUGGAGGUUAAGCAGGAAUACUAAACACCGCCGCAGCCGCCGCCACGUCACACCCGCUCCGCUCUACCUGUGGAAGCUUUGCGGGAAAUUGUGUGGGGAUAUUGUGAAAAACUCAGAGCUGUUAUCUAUACUCGUUGGUCAGACCGCUGAGAGAUACUGUGUCAGAAGGGAGGUCCGCGUCACAGAGCGCACUCUCCACCUUGCUUCACCCUCACCAUCAACACCUCACUGUCUGGAAAAGAGACCCUCCCUCACCUGCUCUAAUGGCACGGAAAUCCGAGCGGUAGCAGCAGCACGCCCGGGGGGAUGCCGCCAAGACGCCAGCCAGGACGACCGCCGUGGGGAGAUGAAGAGGCAGCGGAGGGUGAGUGCUCAGAUGUGUGAAUGGAAGGAGUAGGAGGAAGAAGGAGUA